AUGGUGCCCCCCGCUCCCCCCAACCCCCGGACCCUCCUCCCGGCCGCCCCGCCGGGGCUCGCCGCGCCGCUGCGCUCUCCCGAUACUGGCAGCAGCGGCGCUGAGCGAGCCGCCCCCGCUGGGUCCGCCGAGGCAGCUCCGCCCCCCGGCGCUCCCCUGCCCGCCCCCAGCCUCCGCUCCGCCCCGGGCGGGCCGGGGGUCGCCGCCGCAGACGAAGGGCCGGCGCCGGGCGGCGCCGGGGGGCCAGGGCGGCGGCUCCUUCCCUGUCCGGCAGCCGCCCGGCCGCCGCGGCCGUCCCCGCCCCCGCCCCGGGCAGCCCCGCCCGGCCCCGGCCGCUCGGCACCGCCACUCCCGAGCCCCCGGUGCGCGGGGCGGCUGCGGGGGUGCCGGCACCGGCAGUGGGAGAGUGUGGUGGCCAGCGGAGGCUCCACACGCCGCGGUAGCGGCCGCGUCCGGCGCGAGGGGAAGACGAAAGAGCCCCUGGAGCGGCUUUAUCGAGUGGCACCACUGCUGUGGAGCGGCGGCUUCAGCUCGGUCUACUCGGGGGUCCGCCUGUCCAACGGCGCCCCUGUGGCGACCAAACGCGUGGCUCGGGAGCGCAUCUCCUCAUGGGGAGAGCGGGUGAGUGUGCGUGGCCACCGGGACAGCGCAGGGCAGGGCGGGCGGUGGGGUCGGGAGGGGGGAAACGGGGACAGCGCCAGGGGGGUGGGCAUGGAGUCACCGGGGGACGCAGAGCAUCCAGGGCAGGGGGUGCCUGGGCUGGGCAGGAGGGCACUGGAGCAUCCCAGGCAGGGAGGCACAGGACCCCCGGUGCAGCAUCAGCCCCCUGACGGGGUCGUGGUCCCCCCGCAGCCCAGUGGCACUCGCGUGCCAAUGGAGAUCGCAAUGAUGAGGAAGGUGCGCUCCGGCUGCAGUGCCAUCAUCCAGCUCCUCGAUUGGUUUGAGCUGCCCGACUGCUUCAUGCUGGUGCUGGAGUGUCUGGAGCUGUCGCAGGAUCUCUUGGAUUUCAUCAGGGAGCGGAGGUUCCUGCCCGAGGGUCUGGCGUGGGGCAUUUUCAUGCAGGUGCUGGUGGCUGUGCGGCACUGCCACAGCUGCGGCGUCCUGCAUCGAGACAUCAAGGCCGAGAACAUCAUUCUCAACCUGGCUAACGGUGAAGUCAAGCUCACUGACUUCGGUUGCAGCACCCACCUCAGGGACACAGUCUACACCCAAUUUAGCGGUGAGCCCACAGCCGAGGGUGAUCCCAGUUGCGGGCAGUUUGUGAACAAGAGUCACGUGCUGGGGACAGGGUGACGGGUCACACUGAGUGUGUGUCCCCCGUCUGUGGGGCCACUGGUGCAGGCCCCACAUCCCCGGGGAUGCUCGGGCGAGGAUCUGGGAGCAGGCAGCAUCCGCCUGAUGAGCUGCGCCUGUAUCCUGUUGUAGGAACACCUGUGUACUACCCGCCGGAGUGGUUCCGCAACCACUGCUACCACGGCCGUCCAGCGGCGAUCUGGUCCCUGGGUGUGCUGCUGUAGGAGAUGGUAUGUGGGGACGUCCCCUUCCAGCGCGACGAGGACA